GUGGUGAUGUGGUGAUGUGGUGAUGUGGUGAUGGUGGUGGCAAUAGGUGCGCAGGAUGUAGGGCUGCGCAGUAUCUUGGGUGGGGUGGUUAUGUUAUGCCUUGGCCACCUACUGUAGCUUCUAAUCGGCUGUCCUUGUUGUUUCCCCCCUUCUUCACCCUCGAUAGUCAAAGUGGCAGCAGGAGCGAAUGAGCGUGCGGGGUUCCUUCCCUUCCCGCAGCGCAGCUGCCGUUUAACCGUGUGACUCUUGGAAUCCGUUAUUGAUUCCGGCCUUGAUCGAGUGAGCCUCGGGGAACACCAGUCUCCAUUGCGACCCGCAGGAACGAACGCCAUGCCGGCAGACGGCGUCUAUUACUCCCCGACGGGCAAAAAGACGCUUAUCCCGCUCGAGAACAAUCCCGACGUCUUCACUUCGCUCGUGCACGACCUCGGCGUGUCGCCCUCGCUCGGCUUCUUCGACGUCUACAGCCUCGACGAGCCGGCCCUCCUGGACCUCGUGCCGCGGCCCGCGCUGGCGCUCAUCUUCAUCGCCCCGGCGCCCAUGUACUACCAGGUCCGGGCGGCCGACGGGACCAGGAUCGCCAAGGAGGACGGGGUCACGUACGAGGGGGCCGGCCCGGAUGAGCCGGUGACCUGGUUUCGUCAGACGAUCGGCAACGCGUGCGGGCUAUACGCGCUGAUUCACGCCGUCGGCAACGGCGAGGCACGGGCUUUCGUGACGGAGGGGUCGCUGCUGGACGGGCUACUGAAGGAGGCGGAGCCGCUACGGUGGGAGGCGAGGGCGGACGUGCUGUACGAGAGCGAGGAGCUCGAGGAGGCGCACAUGAAGGCGGCGCGCAAGGGGGACACGGCGCCGCCGCCUGCGGAGGAGCGCCCGGGGUACCACUUCAUCGCCUUCGUCAAGGGCAAAGACGGCCAUCUGUGGGAGCUGGAGGGCGGGUCGGACGGGCCUGUCGAUCGGGGCUUGUUGGAGGAGGGCGAGGACAUGCUGAGCGAGGGGGCGUUGGAGAAGGGCGUCAAGAAGUUCUUGGACUACGCGGACGGGAACCUGGAGUUUAGUAUCGUUACAUUGGCCGAGAAGGGGUGAAAAUGCCGAUGAGAACAAGUUUUUAUUCGACUACCAUAGUAGGUAGGUAGGCUAUGUCUCCUUACCGAACUCACCGGCUUGACCCGGGCUCACCCGGAGCUCUCACCGAGGAGUGGGGUGGGUACUGUACCUCCAGCUCAGCUCAGCCUUGAACACCCCACCCCUCCACCGCACGGUCCAGUCCUCGACCACCCCCACCCCGGUCCCAUCUGUCCAAUCAGCAGGUGGGGCCGCUCCCGCCAUCGAAACAGCUAGAAGGUACAGUUGGACGCUGUUUUCUUUUGCGGAUUCGCGCCCUUUUGGCUGC